UGGAAAUGAUAAGUUCUUAAGCAGAACUAUAUUAUAUCGUGCAAAUGACGAUGAAGAUGUAUUUAGAGAACUCACUUAUAAAGAUUUUACUGGAAAUACCAAGACUUUGGUUAUCGAUUUCAAAAAGAAUUCUAUCCUCUGUCUUAUUCAAACAAUCCCUAUUUCUUCUCCUCAUCCUGACUUCCAAUGCACACCAGAAGAUCUUCCUUAUGCUUUCUCCUUGUUACUCUUUACUACACUUGCUAUAACAAAUUCUUAUAAAAUUAAUACCUCUAUUGGAAGACAAAGUUUUAUGUUAUCCAAGAAACUUUACAACCCUGUAACCAGCCAAAAAGGCAUUGAAUCAGAUGUAAUUGUAUCCUAUACUAACCCCAAUCGUCAUUACAAUUCACUUAAAGAUAGCUUAAAGAAGAGUGUCGUCUCAGCAGUUGGAAGGUUGAAACUUAAUCUUACUAAAAAAUCUGCUAAAGAAUUUAAUAGCCACCUUGAUAUCAUUAAAGAACAAUAUGCCACAAUAAAUUCUCAAACCUCUAAUAAAAAAAGAAAAGUUACUCUUUUCUCUUCUGUUUCAAAAUCUUCAAGUGACAAGGCCCCUGCCACAGACCUUAUGGAACUCAUAAAUCAAAUCUGA